AUGAUUCUAUUAAUAUACUUGUCUACGUUAUUAUCGCUAUGUAAUUCAUACAAAAUCCUCGUCAUUAGUCCGAAACUCGCCUAUAGCCACAUGAAUUUCAUGGGUAAAAUAGCCGACACACUCGUUGACGCUGGACAUGAAGUGGUCACAUUCCAGCCUAUAAUUGAAACGUCACUUGUUGGAAAUGGGACAACCAAAUCUCGCUUGAUCCAGAGCGGUCCAUUCGAUGAAAUUACGAAGGAGCUAUCUGAACGGAACGAGGAAGAUAGCAUGGCUCCCAUCUGGCGUUAG